AUGGAAAGUUCAGACAGAUAUAACCUUAUUGUAGUUGGACUUGGAUGAGCAGGCCUUUCAGUGGCUCAUUAUUUUAGUACUCAGAUGGAGGGAGCUAAGAUUCUUGGUCUUGAAAAGAACUCUAUCUCUGGAGAUUUGGGUACAUCAAGUCUUGGACAUUCAAGACUGUUCAAUUAUACUCCAGGCUUUCCUUUAAGGAAUGAGAUGUAUGAAGACAGUAAGAAAAUGUGGAAAGAAAUUGAAGAGAAAACUCAAACUGAGAUCCUUCAUUAUACUACACUUCUCUAUUUAGGAAGGCCAGAUUGGAGACUGAUCAAAGAUGCUAAGAAGGAGAUCCCAGAAGAAGAGUUUUUAUCCCCAGAGAAGAUUUCUGAAAUGUACCCUGCUUUUGAGAAUAUUCCAGAGGAUUACACUGGGUUUCAUAUUGAAGAUGCUGGCAUUAUUAAGAGUAAAGUAGCCCUUCAGGUUUACACAGAUAUGUGACAGGAACAAGAUAUUGAGCUUAAGUACAACACAACUGUUACUAAGAUCUCUAAGAAUGAGGUCCAGACUGAGGAUGGAGCUAUUUAUAAUGCUGACCAUGUUGUAGUUGCCACAGGUCCGUUUACAGGAGAACAUUUUGAGCAUGAGGAUGAAGAGUUUGUUUCAAUGGAACAAGAGUUUUAUGAAUUUGGAGAUAAAGAAGGACUUCCGACUAUGUUUCAAGAGGACUCAGAGUUUGGGUCGAUGCUUGGGUGUCUUGACAAUGAAGAUCUCUUACAAUAUAAGGUAAGCAGGCAUGGAGAUAUCAAUAGAACAGAUGCUGAAGCUUGGAUUCGUCAUAGGAUCCCUUCAAAAGCAGAAGAUAUUCUAAAAAAUUCUCAAAUUUUCCAAGCGAGGUGGUGCUUUAGAAAAGGAAAACAUUUCGUGUAUGAGACGAAGAAUGGGGUUCACUAUACCUAUGGCUUUAGAGGAAAUGGAUUCUUCUACAUGCCAUUGCAUGGGAAGGUAGUGUUUGAUACACUUCUGAAGAAGGGCCCAUUGAAAUAUGCUUUGAUAUAAAUAUCAAGAUUUAAGAUAUUCUGACGUUCAGUACGUUGCAUUCA